AUGGGUGCUGCCUCUGAGGGCAGAAUUGUCUCAUCCGGUAGGGUAUCUCAUGAGCCACAAGCUACUAGUGGCACCCAUCAACCCAAGAGCAAAAAGAUGAAGAAUUUCACUAUUAUUGCUUCUUCGAAUGUAAGAAUACAAAAAGGAAAGUUAGACAUCAAACAGGAAAUGUCUAGAUUGAAGAUCAACAUACUUGGACUAUGUGAGGUAAGGUGGAAGGGCUCUGGCAAGGUAACAUUGGACGGCUUUACCAUCAUCUACUCAGGAGGAACUAAGCAUGAGAAGGGUGUAGCGGUACUCAUCUCAAAGUCACUGAAAGGUUUUUGGGCAGUGUCAGACAGAGUGAUGAUGAUCAAGCUCAGUACUAAACCACUUGAUCUAAAAAUCAUUCAGGUGUAUGCACCAACUGCAGACAGUACUGAGGAAGAACUUGAAACAUUUUAUGACGACAUCGAGCAGGCAUUGAAACAGAGCAAGUCAACAGACAUCACAAUCAUCCAAGGAGAUUUCAAUGCGAAGUUGGGCGAAGGGCGUUAUGAAGACAUAGUGGGUCCUUUUGGACUGGGAGAAAGGAAUGACAGAGGUCAGAAGCUCCUGGAGCGGGCUCAUUCUAAGGACUAUAUGAUUGGAAACACCUGGUUUACGCAACAUCCGAGAAGAUUGGCAACUUGGCGAAGUCCAGGGGACAAAUAUAGAAAUCAGUUAGAUUUUAUCAUGAUCAAGAAGAGACCAUGCAAGACAUAUCCCGGUGCAGACUGUGACAGCGAUCAUUACCCAGUAGCAUCAAAGUUAUGUCUACGACUGAAAAAAAAUGAAAGUAUCAAAAAGGGGAGAAACAACUGGCUCUGA